GUUUAGUAUAAAAGAGUUGGUGAUGUGUGAUGCGGUACAGUCGCCUAUCGCUAUCCUUCAGCUUGACAACCCACCUUCACCAAACCCAAACACCAUGAGAUCCAUGAUUGUCAUCGCCCUCUUCGUCGCCGUGGCUGCCGCCGUCCCGGUUGACCCCAAAUCCGCCGUCGUGGUUAGCUACGUCAACGAGAACAUCGGAGUCGACGGAUACAAAUUCGGUUAUGAGACCAGCGACGGCAAGUCCGCCCAGGAAUCCGCUGUCCUCAAGAACGUCGGCUCUGAGAACGAAGCUCUUGAGGUCCAAGGCCAGUACUCUUACGUCGGCGACAACGGUGUCACUUACCUCGUCAAGUACAUCGCCAACGAGAAAGGAUUCCAGCCCGAGGGUGCCCAUCUUCCCGUCGCCUAAACAACCGAUCUAGUCCAAACUGACACCGCAUGGAUAUGAGAAUUCUUAUAUCCAUCUUGCACAUAUAGCGAUAAGGAUAGCGAAUAAAAUGUCUUACUGAUUUAA